AUGUCUCACGGAAGGGUUGUCGCUCUCACCUCCAAGGCUGAGUUCCAGGAGAAGGUCAUCGACUCCAAGGAGCUCGUCGUAAUCGAUUGCUUCGCCACCUGGUGCGGUCCCUGCAAGGCCAUCGCCCCCAAGGUUGCUCAGCUCAGCGAAACCUACCCCCAGGCCAAGUUCUACCAGUUCGACGUCGACACCCUGCCUGACCUUGCCGCCGAAUUGGGCAUUAGGGCCAUGCCUUCUUUCCUCUUCUACAAGGAUGGAAAGAGACUCGAGGACGAUGUCAUCGGCGCCAACCCCUCUCAAUUGGAGGCGAGCAUUAAGGCUUUGGUUGCUUGA